AAUCAGGAAAUUUAGAUUCUAAGCCCAUGUGCCGCUUAACAUGGAUCGUUUGUCUAAAAACCUUAUUAAUAUUGAAUUGUGUAACAUCUAAACAAAAGAAUAAUAGCCGAGUUGGUGCAGAGAUAAGUGUUUAGUAUCAUAUGACCUAUACUAAUAUGUUGAAUUUGCCUAGUCAUAUAGUAGAUUGCUAUUUGUUUGACCCUUUCAAAAGCAAAUUCCAAACAGUAAAUCCAAAAAUUUCAAACUAAAUGUGUGUGGAUUACACGUUUGGUUUAUAUUUGUGAACGUUGAAUAGUUUUCUUACUUAGAAGACAGCUGCAAACUUUUAAGAUUUGAAUUCUAUCUAGUAUCUAAUAUAAUAAGUUUCUUGACCAGAACAGAUCUAGAAUAUCCCAGAAAUGGUCAAAAGUUGUAUUAAUUAUUCAUGCAAAUCAUGUUGAUUUACCUUAUCCAAGACAAUAUAAGUAUUCAAAACGAACCCAACAAUAUUAUAUUUACCCGACUUUAUAAUCGAACCCAAUUUGAUUUAACUUCAAAAAUUGAUUCAUCAACAUGGACACAAGACACGAUUUUAAACCAACUCAAAACACCUUAUCAUUAAACCAAUUCGAUGAUUUCUAUGUGUGGAUUCAGUGAUGCAGUAGCAUAAUUGUUGCAACCAUUUCUAUGCCUCUGUGAAGAUUAUGGAGAAAAUGGCAAAAACUAAUCUGCAUCAAUGUCUAAUUAUUAUAAAUAUCCUUCUGAUGUUCUUUGCUACAAAUCAAGGCUUCUGUGAACAUCUUGAUCAUCAACAUAAACCCAAAUCAAAGCACUUUGUGUUAGUUCAUGGUUCAUGUUUAGGAGCAUGGUCUUGGUACAAACUUCUGCCUCUCCUUAAAUCAUCUGCUUACAAAGUAAGUGCAAUUGAUUUAGCAGCUUCAGGGAUCGACUCGUUGCAGCCUAACGAUCUUCGAUCCAUGGUCGAGUAUUUUCAGCCUUUGACUGAUUUGAUGGCUGCUCUUCCCUUGAAUCAAAAGGUGAUUCUUGUUGGUCAUAGUUUAGGAGGCUUGGCUAUAUCUUAUGCUAUGCAGCAUUUUCCUGAAAAGAUUUUGGUGAGUGUGUUUGUUACUGCUCAAAUGCCUGGCCCUGCUCUGAAUAUCUCCACACUGAGCCAAGAGUUAUUAAAGAAAAGUGGUCCUGGACCUGGAUUAGAUAACAAAUAUACAUAUGACAAUGGUCUCAACAAUCCUCCAACUACCUUCUUGUUUGGUCCUAAUUUCUUAUCACAAAAGGUUUAUGACCUUAGUCCGUCUGAGGAUAUUGAUCUAGCUAUUACAUUGAUAAGGCCAUUACCCUUGUUCAGCAUCCAAGACAUGUCUAAGAUACUUGUUUUAUCGAAUGAGAAAUAUGGAUCGGUUCCUCGAGUUUAUAUCAUUUCUGAGGAAGAUAAGAUCAUGGAUAAAGAAGUGGAGAGGUGGAUGAUUAAGAAAAAUACUCCUAAUAAAGUGGUAACCAUCAAAGGGUCUGAUCAUAUGGUAAUGGUCUCACAACCUCUUCAGCUUUUUGCUCAUCUUCAAAGAAUUGCAGCAGAAUUUGAGUACCAUAACCAGGGUCGGCCCUAGGCAAGCGCAAAAAGGACGUGUGUUCAGAACCCACAAAAAAAGUAGACAAAUUUUGCUUUCAUAUUCAUUAAACUAAUAAUAUUAACUUAUGUACUAAUUAUUGAAUUAUAAAUACACGAUUAUUAAACAAACAAUUGAUAACAUCGAGCUCUAUUAUUGGUGUGUAAUAUUUUCUAUAUUAUAGAUUUCUAAUUAUUAAUCUAUAUUUUAUAAUUAGAGUUCAUAAUUUACUUUUCGUCCCGGGCAUCUAAAAUCCCUCUGUCGGCCCUGACUAUUAUUAGAAAGCCUUACCGUUGCACAUGAGAAGCAGUCCGAUCCCCGUGUUUCGAAUCAUCUUAACACUUGAAAAUUCGGUCUCCAAGACACCAAAUGCUUCUAUAACAACGAUUGUACUCAAAUAUGCAGUAGAACCGUAGAAGUUGGCUAUUUUCUAACUUUUCUAUUUUUGAGUAUUUAAUGAUAGAAUAUGUAAUAUAUUAUGGGGUUACAUUAUCAUUGAUCUAUCUGGUAUAUCCCGUUUAAAAAAAUUAAGACCAAGCUCUGAGAAAAGGUAGAAGACAGCAAACCAUACACAUAUAGGAAAACGUGAAAAAAGAAUCCCUCAGCUAAAAAAACACCCAAACGGAAGAUUCUACACAUUCUAUUAUAUAUUACCUUUGAUUUUUUUCUUCUUUUCAUUGGGAAUAUAGGAAGGAAUUAAGGAAUUAAUAAUUAGUGGUAAGAUUUUAUUAAGAAUAAUUAUUGAUUCGUAAUAAUUAUUGUUGUAUGAAAGUAUAAAAAUGGGUAAAGGAGUUUAGUGAAAUAAAAAAAAAAUAGUUAUAACCAUUAUUAUGAAAGAACCAAAUAAAUUUUAAAGGUUAAAAAAGAUAAAAUGUGAUGCAUUUUAAUAUAAUUUGUUAGACAAAUAAGGUUAUUUUGUUAAAAAAAUAUUCUAAAAUAAAAAGAUUCAAUAAAAGAAGAAUUUUGUGAAACUUUUAUUUGCAAAAAUGAGAAGAACAAAUAAGAACGGAGGGAGUAGUUGUUAGAGACUUUUGGACCUUAUCAUAUUUUAAGUGUAAAAAAUGUAAUUUUUUUGGAGUCAAAAGAUCCGAGUCCAAAUGUGUUUCCUGUAGAACACUUAAGAGUUCAUAUUUGGAUUCUAGAAAUUUAUGUGUCCUAAAAUCCAAAUUAUGAUCAAAAUUUAUAUAAUAAAAUUCACUUAUUAAAAAUAUUUAUUUUCGAUCUGAAUUCAAAUCCUAUUUAUUAGACUUUUAAGAUUAGGAUUCAAGUCUGAAUCCAACUCUAAGACAACAACGGUCUAAUCUAGACCUACUAAGAUCCUAAAAUGUACAUCCCCUCCUUAGUUUAACAAUAUAAGUAAUAGCAAUAUUGUUAUAAUAUAAUUAUGUUUCAUCUUUAAUUUAUAUAUCAACAGUAAUACUUUUUCCGUUCUCUAAUGAAGUUCUCAAAAAGAAUGUUAACGAGAAUUAAGAAAAAUAGAAUAUUUUAGAAAGUGAAUAUAUUAUUUAAUUGAAUAAUAAAUUUGCUUGGAGAAAAGUAGGGACCAUAAGCAUUAAAAAAAUAUUUAAAAAGUCAGUAGAAAAAAUGUAGGGACCACAACUAAUAAAAAAUUAAUUUUAUAAAAUUAGUGGAAAAUUCAAAUGUUAAAUUGAAGUUGGUGGAGGAUAUGUGAGGUAUAUAAGCAUUAUAAAAAUAUUAAAGUGAAUAUAAAUAAGGUUAUUUUUAUCCAAAAUUUAUAAUAUAAAUAAAAAGAUAAUCUAUAAGAACAAUAAAUAAAACAUUCAAAAUGACAAAUGGAAAUUUCUUUUAACUAACGGAGGAAGUCAGAAAAUGUCUAUGCACUAUGCAUGUGGUUUAUGCUUUUUCAUUUUCUAAUCUAAAUUAUAAACUUGGAACUUUUCUGUGGGGGAGAAAGCAUACAUGUAGUUCAAAUCUGGCCAAUAUGAAAAAUGAACAUCUCCAGUUCUCCAUUGACCCUUGACCCUUGACCAUUUCUUGUACGUGUAAAGAAAUUUUGUUAGACUUUGAAAUUAUAUUGUCUUGGUUAAGAUAAUUUAUUGACAUCUUGAAACAUGAAUCUAAAUGGGUGUUAUAAAUGCACUUUA